AAACCUUGAAUUGUUUAUAUUUUCAGAAUAAAAUGGAGGAAACAAUAUAUCUCCAGCAGGCUGUGACAAUGUUACGGAAUGAGAAGGAUGAGGAGAGGGAUAGAUGGUUGGACUGGGUUCUCUCCUACAUACUCAACCCUGACACUCAAAUUGAGAAAAUAAAUAUGAAUUUACGGAAAGAAAUAUUCUCUAUAUUGUCUGCAGUUUUCCUACUUGAGAUUCAUCAUGUUAGUGACACCCAUCCUACUCCACAGUGCUCAGAGAACCUUCUCUCAUAUCUAUUACAAGGCCGAGGUUAUGCUCUGGUUCUAAGUAUGGUUCGUAUCCCAGAGAAAGGAUCUUGUCCUCUUGAACUAACAAUUCUUCUUCUCUUUCUUGCCUCCCGUCUCAUGAUAAAGAUAAAACUGGAGAAUAUCCUCCCUAAACCAGAGGAUGUACAACUCGAGGUUCCAUUAUUCUGCCAGGAAUCUAGUGCUGGUAAAGUUAAGAAGAAAAAAGGUUCGAGGAAGCGAGGACGGAAACCAGUCUCUGGGUUCCCUGAAAAGCUGGAUAGACAAGGAACCAGGGAGUUUGAAAAUCUAGCGGAGUAUGAAACCUCGAGUGAGACGGAAUCUGAGGAGGAUUAUCUGAGAGGUGGAACUCUACGGACUAAUCAUAUUAACUAUUUAACAUAUUUUGACCAUGGUGAUAUGGAUAGUGACGCCGUUAUUAGAAACUCAAGGGUAGCACCACCAGCAUCUUUUUCUAGCAUCAGGAAUGAUACAUUGAGAACAUCUGGGAGAAUAUUCGAGGUCAAACACGCAUCCUCGGCCGAGGCCGGGAUGAUAACACAGGUUCUCCAGUUAGCAGUUAAGGUUACAAGCGGAGUCUGGUCUCCGGUAUCGGAGAAGGAUAAAGAGCUCUCUCUGCAGAUUAUAUCUAUCUGUGAAGAUCUUAUCAAGAUGGAUAUUCCUACGGAAGGAAGACUAUGGACUCAACUUGAGGCUCGAGUUAUUCUCAACUGUUUGUUCAACAUUAAGUUUAUUGCACAUCCAGCUAAACUAACAAGUUCAAAAGGGUUUCCUGAAUCUGAAUUAAACACUUUGGUAGAAGAUAGAAAAUGUUUAUCCCUGCCUCAAUGGCCGAGUAUCUGUAGAGAGAUUAUAACAAUAUUUCUUCAUAUUGUUAAUCUGCACCGUUCUCAUCCAGAGUUCAGAUCCAACCCUGAGCUCGCCUGUUCCAGAUCCUUCUUAGUCCUGUGUCGGAGUAUCGUAGACUCUAUCUCGGAGAGAAGAUCUGAUUUGAGUUUUGAGGAUGGUGAGAUAGUAAAACUGUUGUGUAGUAUCAUUCAGUUAGUCUCCGCCUCUGAAGUAGAUUCCAGGAGUUUGUGGUCAGACCUAGGUCUCAGUAUACUCUCAAUAGUAGGAGAGAUAGAGUGUUCCCGGAGCAGGGUUUUGGUUCUAGAUUCUCUAGCGGGGUUUUCAAACACAAGAAAGGUUUCUCCAGAAACAUAUUUUAACCUAGUGCGGAAACUAAGACAUUUCUCCGAUAGUUCUAAAGAGGUAUCUCAAGCUUAUCUGAGUAUGCUAGAGAGAACUGUAGACAAUUUGACGGACUCCUGGGACGGAGACAAGGAGGAAGAGAAGGAGGAACUGAAUAUAGAACUUAAAGUUUCAAGUAAUCUUAGUAAAGAAGAAAAUUUAGAAGAUAAACCUGCCGGGUUCGGAGCAUACCUUGAGGUUCUGCUGUGCAAUGAGACUAGUUGUAAGGAGCUGGUUAUAUCCCACAUAGAUGCUAUCAUCUGUACACUGAGAUCAGAACUCAGGCUUCAACUUGCCUCUGAGGUGAUCCUGCCCUUCCUUGAAGCCAAGUUUGAUUGUGAGUGUGAAGAUAGGAAUAUGCUGGUUAGUGUUCUAGAUAUACUCUGUACUCUGGUUCAAGAACAACCAACCGCUAUGGCGCUUAUCAGGGAACAACGAGCCUGGACAUCGGUUAAAAAGUUUGGAUCUGCUGAAGGAGAACUCAGCAAUGUUUGUCAACAAAUUAUAAAAACUUUAAUCCUAAACUCUCAUAAGUUUAAGAAGAUACGCCUAAGUGAAGCGGAAGCUAUGGCGCUGCAGGAUGACGAGAAUGAUAGAAUUAAUUUUGACGAGAGGGACCGGAAUGCACAGUAUUGGUUGUUUAAACAGCUGUAUCAUGUUCUGGUUCAAUCCAGUAAUAUAGUUCUAACCUCAGGAUGGCCAACCACUAUAAACCAUUUAACAACAGCCUGGCAGGUAACCCUGGAGUUGGUGCGCAGGGUUCCAGAGUUCUUUGUAUUUGCAGUAGAGCGCGGCAUUACAGAUAUUAAUGUGCAGCUAACCGAGUGCUUGAUAUCGGAGAAGGAGGAUGUACUGCUCAAGGAUUUUGCCGAUCUACUUGGUGCACUUCUUAACUUUCAAGUUUAUGUUAUAGUCAACUUUGAUCUCAUGAAUGAAGAACUUCUCCAUAUUAAUAUAAAUCAGACCAAAGACAUGCUGAUAGAAGUUCUAUUCCCUAAGAUUCAGUCUGUUCUCUUGAACCGGAAAAAUAUCUGGUUCUGUAAAGUUCUUCUCUCCUCUAUCCUUGACUCCAGCUAUAUUACUGAGCUGGUUUCACGUCAAGGAGAGAACCAGCAGUCCCAGUUUCAAGAAUGCUCCGAGAGUGGUUAUGAAGCAGAUGACAGUGAGAGUAAUGACUUCUCCGCAGAUGUUCUGGUUAGAUCAGGUUCCUACAGAGUAACCUUCAAGCAAAGUUUUCAUUUUUUCAUCGACAGUUUUCUUCUGAUCUUCGAGAUGUACAAGACGGAACCAGAGUUUAUCUACACUCUGGAAUAUCUUGUGUUUAAACUAGUAAAUAAUUGCGGACGAAACCAUGAGAACGCAAUAUUAUUUAAUGAAGAGGAUGCACUUACAAGAAUAUACUCUGCACUCAUAUCUCUUCUUGGUUCAGGUUUCAGGUUGGAGAAUCUGUGUGAUAUGAUCCUGGUUCUCACAGAGAAUAUUGCUAAAGUUCAACUUCUUCCCUCUACUGUCAAGUACAUAUUUGAGCUGGUGGGACGGGAGAACGAACUCCAGGAGAAAAUGAUUCUCUCCGUGAGUAAACUGAUCAGGGAGUUAAGUCCUAGGAAUGAGUUUGCUGGAAUAGUAGCUGUUCCCCUGACAAGCAGGUUCAGGGCAGUUUCUGCCAGUAGCUCAGAUUCAGGUUUAGAUUCAACCAACUCCAGUGCCGCUAUGUCUCCAGUUCCUUCUAAUGAUACUUUACAAUCCCGGAGCUUAUCCUUCCAUGAUGAUCUAGGCCAGGACUACGCCGUGGUUCUCAGAGUAAAGCUAAACCCUGAAGUAAAGAGGGAUUCCUGGUUAACUAUUCUCUGUAUAGAAAACCAUACUGAAACCAUAAGUCUUCAUAUCAACGUGCAGAAAGGGUUGAAACUUACUCUAGCCAACUCUCUUGAAACCAUAGCAGCUGCUGAAACAACAUUCAAAUCAAUGCUCUUCCCAAAUCAGUGGAUCCAUCUCGCCUUCAAUCUUGGAACUAUAUCGGAGGGUAAGCGAGAAACCAAAACUUUGACAGCAUUUGUAAACUGUCAGAAGGUCUGGGGAGUUGGUUUGUGUGUUGACAAGGUUCAGAGUAAGGUUCGGAAAAAGGAUAUAACGGUUACAAUAGGACCAUCAGAUCCUAUACCAGACCUAUUUCAUUCAGCUUUAAUAUUCAGUGAUGUUUAUCUUCUCAAGAAUUGUAUUCUCUCCCCGGAGAAUGUUCUAUUAAACUAUAUUUGUGCUCCCAGAGAUUUAAACGGUUCAUAUUCUCCAACGGAUAUCUGCUUCCGGCAGAUAAACCAGGAUUUCCAGGAUUUUCUGAACACAUGCUCCAGGAUUAUAUCAGAGCCGAAAAUACUGAAACAGCAUCUUAGUUUAACCAAAUGUGUUGUGGCGCACUUUAGUCCGUUUUCUCUGUGGAGAAAACAAGAAACUGGAAUAAGUCCCAAGAUAGAGGUUGAAUGGACUCUCCUAGAUGGUUUAAUGAAGGCGGGGGGAGCAGAGUGUAUUGCAUUGAUACCACUUGAGGCUGUGGAGAAGCGUUUAUCAAUCAGAACUAUCUCUGAAUCAUUAUCUAACUGUUUGGUUGGACUCACAGCCAAUCAAACAAUAUUUGAUGAGUUCAAAAGAAUAGGAGGGUUUGGGCUGAUCCGCUCCAUUCUAACAUCUAAAACGUUUACUCCUGAUGCAACUAUUCUGGAAGUCCUACUCAAUGCUAGCUCUAUAUGUAUGGGAGCAGACAAGGUUCUCCUGUUCCCUGAAAUACUAAUUGUGUGUUUACAGUAUGUUGAGAGGUUCGAGAAAACGUCCAUGCUAACAGUUAUGGUCGACCUACUUAAGUUUUUCUCUGAGUUAUUGAGCGAAACCAACCUUGCAGCUGAGCUUAACACUGAGAUGAUGAAAUCUCACAAAGUUUUUGAUUCUAUUCUCAUCUGCCUUCAAACCUUUGCCGAGUCAUGUGAAGAAUCUCUCCCUGUUGAGGAUAUAUCUAAUCUACUCUCUGCUCUUCCACCCACAUCGGAGUUUUUAAUAAAGAAGAUGAAUUUGGUUCUAUCCACCCUGCCACCAUAUCUGCUCUACCUGCCGUAUUUAUCCCGGAGUUUGCUCCAUGUAACUAUGGUGAAGGAGAAGAAAAGUUCAGUUCUGAUCAACAAGGUUCACACUAGUGACGUAGUUGAUGCUUCUACAGCUAUUAUUAAUCCACCUGAUGCCGUUCUUAAACGUCUCUCCGAGGAGUCGACACUAAUAUCACAGAGCAGGAGAGAAUCAAGGGAGGAGACCGAGCCAUUCUCCGUAGAUCUACCAGGUUCGGAUACAGAAAUAUAUGGGUGCGAAGAGGACAGGGUUUCUGAGUGGGAGGUGCUUACUAGAGAAAACUCUUCCUCUCGUCCUGCUACUCCGAGUGCAUAUGUUGAUGUACAGAGACCAGGGAACCUUGCCGCUAUUCUCCUUCAUAAUAUCCUCUCCGGGUUCACGAUUCUCUCAGACACAGAGAGUGCUUUGCUCACGGACCACGAGUUUAAGCCUGAGACCUUGCUACCCCUAGUUGGACAUCUUAAUACUGACGUUCAUUCUCCUGCCCUUGAUCUUAUCGGGUUGAUUCUUGAACGUUCUGAUGAUUCGGGAAGAUCAGAUUUUCUCGCUAAAGGUGGAUACUAUCAAGUUGCAGCUCUUAUACAAGAUUCAACUCCGUCCCACUCUCUAGUCAGCUCUAUUCUCUCACUACUACACGGACAUCCAAUAGAUGUUAAUGUUCCCUUUGAGUUUUGUAAAGAAAGUCCGCCACAAAUAAACCUCUCAACAGUUUGUCUCCUUCCGCCGCUGAUAAUCUCAUCUUUAUCCAUCCUUUCUCUUGGGCAUAAUAUACUAUGUCACGUGCACGAACUGUUGGCGAACCUACCGGACUUUACCAGGUCCUUGAUGUCAGAACAUCUGCUGCAAACUCUAGUUGCAGGUCUGGUUAAGCUUGGUGAUCUUCCUGAGGUUGAAUCUGAUAUAUUUGGUUGCAAUCAGUCAGAACUUUUAACAGAUGAUAUCAACAAUAUAUUGAGAAUGUUGAUUGUUUUCUUCGGGGAUAAGCCUGGAGGAGAAUAUGAGGAACUUCUUGAUGUUCUCUUCCUGGCCAGUGGACUACUCAGCCCUACAGGACACAUCUCUGGGAAACCCAAGCUAGGGUCUCUCUCAGAAUCCGCAUCCAACAAUCUCCGGGCUGGGAUCUGUCUAAUUCUGGAGGAGAUGCUUCUGACCCUGGAGGCAGGAUUAGCUCGGAGCGGAGACAGGUUUGAGGUUCCUAAAUACUUCCAGAAGGAGGAGGCGGAGGAAGUGGAUUCAGAACAACCCGGAGCUAAACCACUUAAAGGUCGACAAGCUGCCUGUUCUCUCCUUGUCUCCAGAUUGAACCAGAUAUGUAAGUUCUCCGUGAAUUAUAUCACGUCCAGGGACUGUCAACUCAUCCCUGAAGAGGAAUCUCUAGCCUUGUCAAUCCUUGCUCUCUGCUUAGACGCUGCGUCAUAUAAAAACCCACAUAAUAAUCUUCUUAAAGGCUUGAAUGAUCCUAAAUCGCUGGGUGGAGUUCUCGUUCUACAUAUUCUAAGGUUUGCCACGGAGAAGAAAAAAAUCCAUCUGAUCAAACUUCUUGAUGCUAGAGAGAAUAUCAUCAUCCUCGCUCAAGAAAUGUUUCCCGACUCAAACCUUCGAGAGCAUUUCCGGUUUUGUGUUUUGAAUGUGAUGAAAUCUUCUAAUAUAUUUGGAUCUGGAGACAGUUCUAAGCUAGUUGCACUCUUCUACGGACGGAUAUUAACCCGGCAACUGUAUCCAGGUGGUCCUGACAGUAGUUUUCAGCCUAGUUUCCCCGUAUAUCACACGAGCUUUGGGCCUUGGAAAGCUGAAUGCUUCAGAUGUGUAUCCCUCUUCUUAUCACAGAUAAAUCAAGAUUCUAAGAUAAAAGCUAGCAUAGCAACAAAGUUCACAGAGAAGGUUGUAGAACGACAUGAUCUGUGUCGAAAGUACUACCUGGAGCAGGGUAGGGAAAGAGUAAGCUCGAGGCAAAAAUCUCUGAGAGAUUGGAGAAGGAUUAUUGAAAACCAGACCCACCCCCUGGCACUUUGGCAUGAUCCAGCAUUCGAACCUCAUUCUAUGGUUCUCGAGAAUAUUACUGGGCUCUCGGGGACCUACAUCAGGUUCAAAAGAUCGCACUCUGGAAUCCUUAAAGAGAAGUUUUACAAGGAGGGAUUUAAAAUCAAAUCUGAACCUGAGAAGAGGCGAUUCUCCGUCCUACUCGGAGACAAAGGUACAGAGGAGAACUUAAACAGUAAGUUAGAUUACCCUGAGCAAAUUCAGAUGGUUGAGUCGGUGAAGGAAGUUACUCCAACGGAUGUUCUUGACUGUGAUCUAGUAGUUACUGAGGAUACACUUCAUAUCUUCAGUUCCUCCUCCUGGACCUCAGCUAUAUCACAGAUAGAGUCUAUUUCAAACCGUAGAUAUCAGUUGAAAAACGUAGCACUUGAAUUCUUUCUCAGCUGCGGAGAAACUCAUCUGGUAGUUUUCAAGAACCAGGAGUACAGAGAGUUCUUUGUCAAGUUUAUGGUUGAAGCUGGGGUUAGUUUAAAUCCGAAAAGUGACAAUCUGCAGGGAAUUCUCAAGAAAUGGAGGCAGGGCGGGAUUAGUAAUUUUCAGUAUUUAUCUGAGUUAAAUAGUCUUGCCGGACGGACUCCAAAUGAUUUAAUGCAAUAUCCAGUCUUUCCUUGGAUAUUAGCGGACUAUAAUUCUUCUCAUCUAAAUCUUCACGAUCCAUCAGCUUUUAGAAAUCUUAGAUUACCCAUAGCAAUUCAGAACAAGGAGAAUGUGAGUAGGUAUGAGACAACCUAUCAGCUUCUAAAUCAGAGUGAAACCGGAUUACCCGGGCACAUGGGACCUUAUCAUUAUGCUUCCCACUACAGUAAUACAGGGAUAGUUUUACAUCUAUUGGUUCGUCUUCCACCCUUCACUACAGAGUUUAUUAAAUUCCAGGACGGAAACUUUGAUUUAGCUGACAGAUCAUUCCAUAGUCUUGCAACAUCAUGGCAGAUGGUUAGCCAUGUAUCUACCAGUGAUGUUAAAGAACUGAUACCACAGCUCUUCUAUUUACCAGAGCUCUUUGAAAACAACGAAGGAUUUGCUCUUGGUAAACGACAAAAUGGCAAAGACGUAGAUUCAGUUGUUCUUCCUCCAUGGGCGCCUGAUGCACGAAUAUUUGUAAAAAUACAUCGCCAGGCGCUCGAAUCAUCCUACGUGAAACAAGAACUUUCUCAUUGGAUCGAUCUUGUGUUUGGCUACAAGCAGCGAGGUUCAGCUGCUGUUGAAGCUGUCAACGUUUUCCAUCCUGCGACCUAUGCACAUAACCUAGACCUAUCUGAAGAUGAGCUUGAGCGAAGAGCUCAGCAGACGAUGAUCGCAACCUACGGUCAGACUCCAUUGCAGCUGUUUGUAACUCCUCAUCCCCUGGCGGUUAUAGAUUUAAACGCAGAGAAAUCUAGUUCUACUCCUGUAUACAGAACAGUUACAGGACUAGUCUGGGGUAACUAUGUAGGUUCUCCAGCCUAUCCUCCUCCAUACGUUGUGUGGCAGCAGGCUCAACCCUUCCAGGUCAAAACCUUGGUUCGUCUCGACUCCAACCAGGUCGUUGGACUCAGUUCCACGUCAAUCCUUGUAGGAAAAUAUAUUCUUGAGGUUGGAUCAACUCAGUUUUCAGCAACUUCUCAAACCUCUUCAGCUAAUGUGAUAAGCUGGGGACAUGGAGAUAGUUCACUCUACUGCAGAAGAGGUAAGCUAGGAGAGGAGUAUCAGGUUGCACUUCUUCCUGCCAAGGAUCCUGUUGUUCUUGGAGCCUCGAACUCUAAGGUUUCAACCCUGUGGUUUGGACACAGAUCAGGACGAAUAUCUGUGUUUAAGGAUAUGAGAAUGUCUAAAACUGAGCUGACUCAUGUUACUACUCUGCACGGUCAUAUGUCGGAUAUUACGGGAAUAGUUUUAUCCCCUGAGUAUAGUCUAGCUGUAUCCUGUAGUAGAGAAGGUUCUAUAAUGACCUGGGAUCUUCACUCUCAAUCCUGUUUACAUCAAACCACAGUGGAUGGUGUAGGAGCGGAAACUUCUCCUGUAACUAGUGUUCUCUGUGCGAUAUCUGAAUCCUGUGGGGAUAUUGCUACCGCAGCCAACUCAACACUAACCCUGUACACAGUAAAUCUAACCAAGGUUUGCCAGACUACAAUACGUGGAAGCAUCACUGCACUAACCUUCUCCCAUCUGGAGGAAGGAAAGUCUGUAAAUUCUAUCCUCAUUGGAACCCAGUCAGGGGGAGUCAAGUUUUUCUCGUCCUGGGAUUUAACCCAUAUCAGGGACGUAUCAGGUUGUCCACCUAGUCCUGUAACAGCUCUAGCAUUUAGUCUGGACUGCCUUAGUCUAGUUGUAUCAACACAAAACCAUUUCGUCACAAUAUUAGAAAAAUCCGGCAGUCAUGGACUAAAUAAAACACAUAAAUAUUUAUCAAUACAAUGAAACCUAGUGUCAUACUUAAUACCCGCCAUAUUAUACAACACAUAUAUAUUAAUUUGUUAUGCAUUUAAAAAAUGUAGUUUACCUGACAUAAUUCAGUCAUAUUAUAAUUUAUUGCU